AUGGAAGUUGUCUUAACAAAGUUAACAGUUCCUAUCCUCUUGCUGCUAAAGGGCACAAGUGUCAACCUACAGACAGAAUCAUUAAUUCCGUGGAAUGAAGGGACGAUGGGAAUGGAGCUUCAAGCAGUGGAAGUGUUAUAUGUUGGAUCCUUAGAUGGAUCCCGUUAUUUUAAAAUACUCAUGCCAGUUCGAUUAAUGCAAGUAUGUUGGACAUUCGCAACCGCAGGAGCUCCCUGGACAAAGGAAGAACAUAUGACCUUUCUACUGGGGUAA